UCGAAUCGUGUCUAGUCCCUGUUUCGGGAAUCUCCGCGGGUCCUGACUUGACUGAUUGAACGCUUGUAACAUGGCGGCGGUGAUGAAGGGAGAGGAGUCAAACAUCUCUGGUUAGCAAGGGGAAGGCGCGAGAGAGAAUUAAGAAGAACUCAUUUCCCUUUUAAUCCGUCUCAAGUAAUGGACCCGUGGCUUUUUGGAAGACGCGCGCACGAAGGAGCUAAGGAGGAUUUGCAACAGUCGGAAAAAUCAAGGAAAUAAGUAGAAGUUAAUAGGACCGCUGGGAGGGAGGAAGAAAGUGUGCGAAAAUGUCGGAUUCCAAGGUGAAAGUUGCAGUGAGAGUCCGCCCUAUGAACCGACGAGAGUUGGAACUCAACACCAAGUGUGUGGUGGAGAUGGAGGAAAAUCAGACAGUUCUUCACCCGCCGCCUUGUCCCAACACGUCUAAAGCAGACAACAGAAAAGUGCCUAAGGUCUUUGCUUUUGACCAUUGCUUCUGGUCCAUGGAUGAAAACAACAAAGCAAAGUAUGCAGGUCAAGAGGUGGUUUUCAAGUGCCUUGGUGAAGGGAUACUUAAUAAUGCAUUUCAAGGAUACAAUGCUUGUAUUUUUGCCUAUGGACAGACAGGCUCAGGAAAGUCCUUCUCAAUGAUGGGCAGUGUGGAUGUACCCGGCCUCAUACCUCGACUCUGUGGUGCAUUGUUUGGAAGAGUCUCCAAAGAGGAAAGUGAAUCUCACACAUUUAAAGUUGAAGUGUCAUAUAUGGAGAUCUAUAAUGAAAAGGUUCGUGAUCUUCUUGAUCCAAAAGGGAGCCGACACACUCUGAAAGUUCGAGAGCACAAAGUGUUGGGUCCAUACGUAGAUGGCUUGUCACAGCUGGCUGUAACAUGUUUUGAGGAUAUUGAAUCCUUGAUGUCAGAAGGAAACAAAUCACGAACCGUUGCAGCUACCAACAUGAAUGAAGAAAGCAGUCGCUCUCAUGCUGUCUUCAACAUUAUUUUAACUCAGACCCUGUAUGACCUACAAAGUGGUACUUCUGGUGAGAAAGUGAGUAAGCUGAGCCUCGUGGAUUUGGCUGGGAGUGAGAGAGUAUCCAAGACCGGAGCUGCAGGCGAACGUUUGAAGGAGGGCAGUAAUAUUAACAAAUCCCUUACAACUCUGGGGUUGGUUAUUUCUGCUUUAGCUGAUCAAGUGGGAGGAAAGGGCAAAAACAAGUUUGUGCCUUACAGAGAUUCAGUACUCACCUGGCUUCUCAAGGACAACUUGGGAGGAAACAGUAAAACUGCCAUGAUAGCAACCAUAAGCCCGGCUGGCGACAAUUAUGAAGAAACUCUGUCUACACUAAGAUAUGCAGACCGGGCAAAGCGCAUAGUAAACCAUGCUGUAGUGAAUGAGGAUCCCAAUGCCAAGAUCAUUCGAGAACUCCGUGAGGAAGUAGAAAAACUUAAGGAACAAUUAAGUCAGGCUGAGGCAAUGAAAGCACCAGAGCUGAAAGAGAAAUUAGAAGAAUCUGAAAAACUUAUAAAAGACCUGACUGUUACCUGGGAGGAGAAACUGAGGAAAACUGAAGAAAUUGCACAGGAAAGACAGAAGCAGCUUGAGAGUAUGGGCAUUUCUUUGGAGUCAUCUGGCAUUAAAGUUGGAGAUGACAAAUGUUUUUUGGUCAACCUGAAUGCUGACCCUGCACUCAAUGAGCUUCUUGUUUAUUACUUGAAGAAUCACACUAGAGUUGGUGCAGAUGAAUCUCAGGACAUUCAACUUUGUGGAAUUGGUAUCCAGCCCGAGCACUGUGUCAUUGACUUCACUGCCGACGGGGAUGUCAUUCUCAGCCCAAAUGAAAAUGCCAGAACUUGCUUGAAUGGUGCAGUGUUACAUGCUCCAAACUCUCUUUGGCACGGGGACAGAAUCCUAUGGGGAAAUAACCACUUCUUUAGAAUUAACCUACCUAUGAGGAAGAGGAGAGACAAGUUAAAAGAAUAUGAGCUGGAGACAUAUCGAGAAGGUGCUACAGAACAGGAUGUUGAGACAGCGAGUGAAGCUUCAUCAGAACCAGAGUAUAAUUACGAGUUUGCACAGAUGGAGGUCAUGAUGAAAGCUCUCAGCACAAACGAUCCUGUGCAGAAUGUUGUGCAGAUACUUGAGAAGCAGUACCUCGAGGAAAAACAAAAUGCACUUGAGGAGCAGCGGCUAAUGUAUGAGCGUGAGCUGGAACUCCUUCGCCAACAGCUGUCUCCAGAUAGGCUGCAUCGGCACAGCAUCGAGAGAUUCUCUUAUACCCCUCAAACUGCACAGCAAAAAGUGAAGCUUUGGUCUGAGGAGAGGGAUCAACUGUUCCGUCACAGUCUGGCAAAGUUGAGAGAGCAGAUAGUGAGAGCCAACGCUCUGGUGAGAGAAGCAAAUUUCCUGGCAGAAGAGAUGAACAAACAGACGGAUUACCAAGUAACAUUGCAAAUCCCAGCAGCAAAUCUCAGUGCAAACAGAAAGAGAGGAGCAAUUGUAAGCGAAUCUGCCAUUCAAGUUCGACGCAAGGGAAAAGGUACCCAAGUGUGGGCAAUUGAGAAGCUGGAGAACAAACUGAUCGAUAUGAGAGAUCUCUAUCAAGAUUGGAAAGAGAAAAACAUGGUUGAAUAUUACAAUAAAAUUCUCAGUAAACACGGAGACCCUUUCUACGAACCCCAAGAAAACCAUAACUUGAUUGGUGUUGCCAAUGUCUUCUUGGAAUGCCUUUACCAUGAUGCAAAACUUGAGUAUGCUGUUCCCAUCAUCAGCCAGCAGGGGGAGGUUGCUGGCCGGCUCCAUGUUGAAGUAAUGCGGGUUAAUGGUGCGAUUCCAGAACGUCAGGAUGGUGGAGAUGAUUCUUCAGAGAACUCGAGUGAAAGUGGGAGCUGUGAAGUAAUGGACAAUAAUGGUGAGAUUGUGCACAUGGCAAAGAAAUUGACCUGCAGGGUAAAAAUAAAAGAAGCGACAGGACUGCCCAUCAAUCUAUCAAACUUCGUAUUCUGCCAAUAUGUCUUCUGGGAGCAUUCUGAACAAACAGUUGCACCCCCAAUGGUCAAUCCAGACAUGGCUUCGAUCAAAAACAAGGCCGUUCAGUACACAGUGAAAUUUGACCACAGUAAGGAUUUUGUGGUGCAUGUUACGGAGGAAUUUCUGGAGUUUAUCGCUGAAGGAGCGCUAGCUAUUGAAGUCUGGGGGCAUCGGUGUGCGGGUAAUGGCAGAACUACGUGGGAAGUCGAUGCUCUGCAAGCAAAAACGCGCACUCUACGUGACAGAUGGAGUGAAGUCACACGUAGAAUUGAGAUGUGGAUCUCAGUGCAGGAACUGAAUGAGAUGGGAGACUACACAGCAGUGGAGCUGACUCAGGCCAAGGAUGUCAACACAGGGGGCGUCUUCCAGAUUAGACAGGGUCAGUCUCGUAGGAUUGAGGUCAAUGUUAAACCUGUCCAGCACUCGGGGACAUUGCCACUUAUGGUGGAGGCUAUAUUGUCUGUUUCCAUAGGAUGCAUUUCUGUCAGGUCCAUUAAACUGCAGAGACCUUUGGAUAGUUAUCAGAAAGAGGAGGAGGAGGAUAUGGAUAGUUACCAGGAGGAAGAUCUGAAUGAAGUGCGUGAGAGAUGGUCUGAUGCAUUGAUGAAACGUCGGGAAUAUUUAGAUGAACAAAUUCAGAAAAUAAUCAACAAGCAGGAAAAAACAGAAGAUGAUGUAGAGAGAGAAGCAAGGCUGGUGGAGCAAUGGGUAGGACUCACAGAGGAGAGAAAUGCUGUGCUUGUUCCUGCCCCAGGCAGUGGAAUUCCAGGAGCCCCAGCAGACUGGAUAUCACCUCCAGGAAUGGAAGCUCAUAUCCCAGUACUCUUCCUUGAUUUAAAUGCUGAUGACCUCCGUGCAAAUGAACAGCUGACAGGUCCCCAUGCACCGGGAGUGAAUUCCAUUUUACCAAAGGAACAUGGCAGCCAAUUCUUUUAUUUGCCUAUUAUCAAGCACAGUGAAGACGAGGUCUCUGCUGUUGCAUCCUGGGACUCAUCAGUCCAUGAUUCAAUAUACUUGAACAAAGUUACCAACCAGAAUGAACGCAUCUAUUUGAUUGUAAAGGUCACAGUGCAGCUCAGCCAUCCAGCUGCUGUGGAGCUGGUGUUACGUAAACGCAUAGCCGUCAAUGUUUACAAUAAGCAGAGCUUUACACAGAGUUUGAAGCGGAGAAUGUCCUACAAGUACAUUCUACAUUCUUGUGGCGUCACCUAUGAAAUAGUUUCCAACAUACCCAAGGCCUCAGAAGAGACAGAAGAUCGAGAGACCCUGGCACUAAUGGCAGCUAAGAGUGAAAAUGAUGGUUCAGGUGAUGGUGAAACCUACAUUGAGAAGUACACCAGAGGGGUGUUAGAGGUCGAGAAUAUCCUGAGCUUGGAACGACUCCGACAGGCAGUUACCGUGAAAGAAGCACUUUCUUCAAAAGGGAAGUACAUGAAGAGGAGUGUCAGCACACCUAAUGUCCAACAUGUAUCCAAUAGUCGAACAGAUAUCUCUGGAUAUGAAGAUGAAUGCAAGGGUCGUUCGGAAAGUCAUCAGGAUAUUUCUGAUUGCUCAUUGAACUCACAGGACUGUUCCUGGUAUAGUACGUUGCUUAAAGAUUCGCCACGUAGGAUGAAAGACACUGGAGGUACUGCAGCAGAGAGUCACCACUCACUGGGUAGUCCACUCAAAGCAUUUUCUGCUCAGCCUCCAAAAUUUCUGAAAUCACUUCUGCCUGUACGAGAAGAACGAAAAGACAAACAACCUUUAGAAACUAAACCUCUUCUUGCUCAAGAGAGCAUGUCUCCCCCUCAGGAUAAAAACAUGCUGUUACUUAGCAGUGGCAGUGUUGUGCCCGCAGGAAGCAGUGCCAACAGCAUGUCAGUAGGAAACAGUAACGAAAAUGAGGACACAUUUGAUUCCGAAGAGGAGGAUUAUGGAGUGGAGAACCUCAGCGAGAAAACAAGCGUUUCUCAGCACUCUCAUGGUUUUCAGCCAUACAUUCCUGAAGAUUUUGCAGACUUUGAUGUAUAUAAUGCAAGCCUUGAAAACAAAGAUUUGCUUUCUUCUAAGCCAGAGUUCCCGAGUUCUCGCUGUCUUGAGAACGAAGUUUCCCGUAGUCCAACUACCAGCAGUAUGACUAGUGGUUACUUCUCUCACAGUGCUUCCAAUGCAACACUCUCUGAUAUGGCAUUUGCUGGUACGGAGAACACAGACCAGAUGAGUAAUCAGUCGCGAGACUCUGAGCUACAGAGUACAAUGGCACAGAUAUGUAAAUCUGAUUUAAAAUUAUCUUCUGAGAAGGAAGAUGGAGAUCAGGAACAAAAUAGAGAUUGUAAUGAUAUGCAAAAGAGCACAUCCCUCCCAAGAAAUAGUGCCUUAUUGAAAGAAACCUCAGUAUUGCAGCAGUUCAUUGAAUCUAAGUCUAUACUUGUUUAUAGAACCCUCCCCAAUAUCUAUGCACCAGAUUCAUCAUCCUGCACAUUUACAUUAAACCCCCAAGAAAGCAUAUUAGAAGACCAACAAACUGAUUAUUUCCACUCAAUGGUGAAUGCAGAAAUUUUCAGCAGCCAGGACUUUACAGAUUUUCAGGGAGCUGAGGAGGUGAGGAAGGACCUUGAGCUACCAGAUGAGCCCAUGAUUUACAGUACAGGUUCCUCAGAUGAUUCGAAUAGACUUUCUGUUGAUAGUAUAGAAUUGGAUGAAAAGUGGCAAAGUCCUACAGUAAAGUGUCCAAAUAAUAUUUCUAGGCUUCCUGAAGACUCAUGCAGCAUUGCCCACAACCAAUUACAAUCGACCAUUCUUGAUAAUCGGUUAGCAAACUCUGCAGAGACCCCACUGUUUUCUGGAGAAGCUGAUAAUGAAGAAGCCUCUGAUCACUCCACCAGCCCAGAUAACUCUGGUAUGAGGAACCUUUCAGAUUUAUCAGACAUUGAAGAUAGUAAUGCUGCAGAGCAGUGUGAGCCUCUACCAAGUUGGAUCACACUGGGAGAACGUACAUCUGUUGGACACGACAAGAAUGGAACCAUUCGAUACGUUGGUACAGUGGAUUUCUCCACGGGUAUCUGGGUUGGAGUAGAGCUUGAUACUCCAGCUGGGAAGCAUCAAGGCACUAUUCAAGGAAAGGAGUACUUCCGCUGCAAUCCAAAUUGUGGUGUCUUUGUUCGUCCAAACCGGCUUAUUCGGGUCUCCGAUACAGUAAAGCGGCACAGCACCCUUCCUGAAGGGCAAGCAUCCACAGGUCAUGAGAAGCAGAAAAAUGUCAAUCUCAGGAGGUCUCAGGUGACUGCACCCACCAAACCUGAAGGAACAGCACUUCACAAAUCAGGAGUUACGGUAUCUUCUAAGAAGCAGAACAACAGGAAAUCCUGGACUAACUGAACUGCAACAUUUGCACUGAUUAUAUGUUACUGUUUAGGCCUCUUAAUGGAGCAUUUUAUACAAUGUACAGUUUUUGUUUAUAUUACUCUGUGAUAUAGAGGAUAGAAUAAAACUUUAAUAUUUUGCCUUUUGUAAAAAAAAAUAAAGUAUAUUUGCUGGUAACACAUCAAAAAAAUGCUAAAAUAUAGCUAGUCUAUGUAAAAUAGCUUUAACAUCAGCUCAGAGAACAUCACGUUCUGCAUUACAAAGUAAUAUGAGAUUUUAAUCAGUAAAUAGGUAUUUUAUUAAAAUUAUUUGGAUACAAGUCUCAACGAUCUCUAAAUUGGUCCGUAAUUACCAAAGAUCUUGAUUAGAGUCAGGAACCUCUUAAUUUUGACCUUCAUAAAGUUUAGUUCUAGGUUGUAGGCACCUUGUUGAUUUUAUUAAUGUGCUGUGUUUUUUGUUUCUCUGUAUUAUGCUGCCUUAUUUCUAUUAUCUAAUAAGCACAUUUAAACAAAACUGAUUAUUCAAUGUGGUUAUUGUCUUCCAAAGUUUACCACUGCUGAUGAAGCUUCACAUGGGUCUAGGUUCCACUACUAGCUUUUGGACCUGUUGCUUGAAGCUUUGUACGUUACAAGUCUAAAACCCCUUAGUCUGGUUUACCUUUGGCAGUUUAGUGCUUAAACAGUAUUACCACAAGAACGCAGGGAACAGACAGAAGAUCUGUUGUAAUGGAUUACUGUAUCAGAGUAUGUAUGCGUGCAUUUGCUGAAGAAUACAAAGUAAUGGUACAUUUUGCAACGAUGUGUAUAUAAUGAAACAUCUCAUUGGAUGCUUUGGUUACAAUAAUUUAUACACAGGUUUAUAUAUAAUAGAAAGAUUUACUGCAUGCAUGCAUGCAGUUAAGGUAUGAUCUGAUGGACUGAAGACUUUCAAAAUCCAUCCAGUGUACAUAGAGUGUACAAGAUUGUAGCUACUUAACAGUCCGUCUGGAGAAAUGUGAUGAUGAAAGGUUAAUUGUUAAUUUUAAUAAUGAAAAACUUGGGACUUGAUCAAGAGCUGCUGAAUUAGUCUUUUGUAUAUAUUUUCCCUUUGUAGUGUUUUUGUAUGACUAUGUACAGAGUUGUAAUAUAUGUUAUUUCAGCAAAACUGUAUUUAAUUGGUACAGCAUAUCAGUGUUUUAGAAUACAUUCUACAGCCUGGAACCACUUAACCACAGUGUGUAUUUUGUUUGCAUAUUUGAGUUUUGAUAUGUAAAUACCUUACCAAGUUUUUGCCUUUUUGAAUCUCUUCUAAUCCAGUAUGAUGGUACUAUUGCAGAUAAUAAUGUCAGGCUUAGAACUAAAUAUUAAAGCAGGGUGGGUGUCUAUUUGGAGGCCAGUAAGGCUGAGCAUCUUGUGAAGCUGUUUAAUAGCUUGUAAGUUAAAUUAUCAUUGAAUACCAGAAGCUCCCAGACCUUUUUGAUGUUCACUACUUUAGAUUUCUGAGCCCCUCUGCUAUAUACAGUAGUUGUAAAUAUUAAAUAAAAAUUAUUUUUAUAAUUGCA